UCUACUAUUAAUCAAAUAUCAUAGGAGUCGUCGUCGUUGCUUUUCGAACGAUAUAUGCGGAAGAGCAGUAUGUUGGUAGGAUGUUUUAUAUAUGGUCGUUUUCUCUUCGGUGCCUUUAAAAUUUUCCUUUGAUCAGACUAAAAUGGGUACUUUAUGGAGUGCGUAUGUUACACAUCCCGAUACGAUGCCAGAAGCAGAAACUGCGCCGACAUUUGAUCCGUUGUAUGGAUUUAAAGACGGUCGAAAAGCUAGAGUUAUGAUUGCCACGGAUGCAGAAAUGAAGGCAGCGAGAAUACCAAAAAAAUUACGAGAUUAUUGCGCUCAUAAAUUAUUAGAAUUGGAAGAUUGCAAAAAGUAUAAUUUUCCUAUAAUGAACAGAUGUAGCCAUCAGACUCAUGCUUACGAACAAUGCCAAUACGAAGAUUAUGUACUGCGGAUGAAGGAGUUUGAAAGGGAACGCAGGCUUUUAGAAAGACAGAAGAGAAAGCAGCAAAUGGCGGCUGCUUGAAGGAGUUGCCUCGUAGAUCUAUAGGAAUGUUGAAAUUUAUUACUCGCUAUUUAGAAUUCGCAAGUACAGGUCCUUUCCUGUAUACAUUUAUUUAUAUACAUAUAUGUUUAUAUAUAUAUGUACAUUCAUACACGCACUCACAAAUAUGUAUAUAUGUAUGUAUGUAUGUAUGUAUGUAUGUAUGUGCACAUACAUAUAAAUAUAUAGUGUAAAUAAAAGUUGAUAAUUGUAAUAAACCGUUCUACAUAGUUUUAUCAUUUCAGCAGUCAUGGACGACUUUCAUGGCGGUUAUAAAA